UGUUCCGGUUUUUCCCGCAUAAGAAUAUACAAAGAAAAUAAGUAUGUGUAUUAUCAUUGAUGUUUGACUGUGUACAAGUAUAUAAUGUUGUCAUAGUUAUGGGUAAACUGAAUUUUAUAGUCUCGUUAUGUUUGUUAUGGACAGCAUGUUUAGCUCAAGGCACCAAACAAAAGGUUUUUCCCCAGUCCGCCUAUCGCACCUGGGUGGAUGCAGAGUCCAGUUGUAGAAAGGACGGCUUGGGUCUCCUCCUGAAUCUGAAUACGGCAACAUCCUCCUCCUCCACGGAACUAGAGGACAGUAUUACGGACCGUGACCCUUACUGGACGGGCGGAUACAGGCUAAGUUUGUUCUACUGGAAUUACGGGUGCUUCACAUCGGCUUCGGUUGCACCUUACAUAUACAUAGAUACCAUUGGUGGUAACGGAAAUACAAAUUCUGUUACACAAUGUGCGAUUUUCUGCGGCAAGAAAAAACGGUGGAUUGGACUAUUGAAAAGUUUCUGCUACUGUCUGGAUCUGAGUGAUGGUGACCGCCAAACUUCUUUGGUUACGUCACAAUGCCGUACACCGUGCCCUGGUGAAAAGCGAGAUGCCUGUGGUGAUGAUGAAGCGAUGUCUGUUUACAAACUUUUAAACGGGACUGAGAUAGCAGACAACAUUGCAAACGAACGUCUGAAAGACAACCAAAGAUGUACUUAUAUAGCAAACAAUACGGGAACGAUGGAAUGGAAGAUGGAUGACUGUGCUCAGAAGAAAUUAGUUCUGUGUGAAAACAAGACGAAGAGUGGCGUAGAAUUCGUGACUCCACAUAACACCGUACAGGACUGGUUCACGGCCACUCAGAACUGUCGGGAUAAGAAUAUGGAAAUGGCGGUCGUCACUCUCAAGGAUAUAAAUCGUAAAUCCAUCAACAGAUUACCACCUAAUAUCCAAGUAUGGGUCGGCUUAUACCGACAUGAUCUAUCCCUUUGGACAGACAAAGAUAUGAAGGACGAUCCCACAAGUUGUCUGGCGGUGGAGAAAGAUACGUUUGGAGAUCUCAUCAGAAAAUGGCAUCCUUGUUCCAACCAAUACAAAUACGUUUGUCUCAGUGACGGAGCAUCGCCAACAGUGGAGUCUGCUGUUAUUGGAACACCAGCUCCGACAACAAUGUCAACAGAACAAACAACAAUUAUAACAACAGGAGAAACAACUAUUCCCACAACAGUACAAACAACUAUUCCCACAACAGAACAAACCGUUUAUCCUACAACAGAAGAAACCACUAUUCCCAUAACGGAACAAACCAUUAUUCCCACAACAGAACAAACCACUAUUCCGGCAGUAGAAAAAACCACCAUUCCGACAGUAGAACAAACCACUGUUCCCACAACAGAACAAACCACUAUUCCCACAACAGAACAAACCACUAUUCCCACAACAGAACAAACCACUGUUCCCACAACAGAACAAACCACUAUUCCUACAACAGAACAAACCACUGUUCCCACAACAGAACAAACCACUGUUCCCACAACAGAACAAACCACUGUUCCUACAACAGAACAAACCACUGUUCCCACAACAGAACAAACCACUGUUCCCACAACAGAACAAACCACUGUUCCCACAACAGAACAAACCACUAUUCCCACAACAGAACAAACCACUGUUCCCACAACAGAACAAACCACUGUUCCCACAACAGAACAAACCACUGUUCCCACAACAGAACAAACCACUGUCCCAACAACAGAACAAAGCACUGUCCCAACAACAGUACAUACCACUGUUCCCACAACAGAACAAACCACUAUUCCCACAACAGAACAAACCACUGUUCCCACAACAGUACAAACCACUGUUCCCACAACAGAACAAACCACUGUUCCCACAACAGAACAAACCACUGUCCCAACAACAGAACAAACCACUGUCCCAACAACAGUACAUACCACUGUUCCCACAACAGAACAAACCACUAUUCCCACAACAGAACAAACCACUGUUCCCACAACAGUACAAACAACUAUUCCCACAACAGAACAAACCACUGUUCCCACAACAGUACAAACAACUAUUCCCACAACAGAACAAACCACUGUUCCCACAACAGAACAAACCACUAUUCCCACAACAGAACAAACCACUCUUCCUACAACAGAACAUACCACUAUUCCCACAACAGAACAAACCACUAUUCCCACAACAGAACAAACCACUGUUCCCACAACAGAACAAACCACUCUUCCGACAGUAGAACAAACCACUCUUCCCACAACAGUACAAACCACUGUUCCCACAACAGAACAAACCACUCUUCCCACAAAAGAAAAAACCACUCUUCCCACAACAGAACAAACCACUAUUGCGACAACAGAACAAACCACUUAUCCGACAACAGUACAAACCACUUAUCCGACAACAGUACAAACCAUUAUUCCCACAACAAUUACACCACCCAGUACAGAGACCCCUGAGAACGUAUCUGAUACCAUAAAGCCAAAUCGAGCAAAAUCGAGUAGUCACUCCGAUAAAAUCCCCACAACAGAGCUGAUUGUAGUGAUCAUCGUGUUUGCUGUGGUAGUGUUACUUGCUGCUUUUGUUUUUAUACAGUGGUUAGUUAGAAAACGUAGAAAGAAAUCCGUGAACCUAAACCGACGGAGUACCGAAGUAACCUUUAAAGGGGAGGAUGAGAUGCUGAUUAGAUCGUAUCAUUUCUCAGGAGAAACACCAAAAAUGUCUCCAAAACCGCUUCCUAGAAUUGAUAUUGAGGCAGGUUCUCUCGAGGUCCUCUCAAACAUUGCAGAUAAUCAACAAAACCUAAAUGGAAGUAACAACACCUUGGACAUUCCGUGGAUAGACGCCUCAAGGAACGCUCUUGACAAUAUAAGUCAUUCUCGUGAUAUUGAGCUUCCUUCGGAAAAUAUAGGCGCCAGAUAUCAGUCUGCGCCUGAAUUGGAUCGCAUAAGUGAUGGCACGGACGAGGAAGAUAAAACAUCAAGCUCCACCUUCAUGAGGACAUUUUCAAAACAAAAUCACCCAGUCAUUGAAUCUGACCUAUAAAGCAAUGUUUCGUGUGAGUUACUAAGACACACAGAACAAAAAUAUUACUGCUGAAGUUUAAUUUUCUCGUAUAAUAGAAUGCAAUACUUUGCUAUACUUUCAAUAAUAAUGUGAAACUAUAGAAAGUGACAGAGGUACAGUCUCAACAGUCACAAUAUUACUAAGUGACAGAGGUACAGUCUCAACAGUUACAAUAUUACUGAGUGGUUUAUGUUUGAAAAGACACACAACUGUCCCUGUUGUCACGGUUGUAUUUCAUUGAAAGCAAUGACUGGUUAACCAAUGGUAUACACGGGAUGUGAUUUCUAACCUUCAUUGUCCUUUUCGCGUAGUGCAAAUUUAUUCUUUUGUCAUCCUUCAAGCAAUGCUGUUAUAUAUGUUGCAUAUAGUGUAACAAAGAAAGAUGGAAAACAUCAUGCAAACUACCAGAUGAAAUACUAGUAACUAGUCUUUCUUGAAAUGUAACACAUUGAUAGAAGAUCAGGUAGAUUAGAAGUUUCCAUGUUCAUUAACGUUUUUAUUAGUAUUAUUAUUUUACAUAUUAAAACCCGGUGACAGAAUAUACAAUUUUAUAUGAAUUUGCGAUUAGAAAUAAAUAUAGUCCAAAUUUA